AGUUAACAUAACUAAAUUAUUGAGUUACGUUACGCAAGAAACUUAGACUAGAAAAUUUGUCGGUGACGAAAUUUUGUUUCUUUUUCUAUACACCGUUGAACAGAAGCUUCAACUGUGAUUGAUCUGAACCGAGAAUCACUAUUAUUGUAUGUGGUCCAUAGAAACAAAUAGAACUCGUGUAUAUUUUCUACUUUAAGCAAAACAGAAUCUUUAUUUUAUCUUCAAGUUUUUGCUUUACUUAGCAAUAUUUGUGCAUGAUAUGAUGAUGUAUAGUACUAGCUUAAUUUAAUUUUGAAGUAAAGUACUUUGCUAACAAGUAACAAGGAAUUUGGUCACGAAAAAAUAUUGAUUUUAUCUACUUUUGUCGUCAAUUAUUAGUGUUAUUAAAUAGGGACCGGUUUGUCACAUAGUGACAGUACUAUAGUAGUGGGGCUUGUUUCAGGUUUCUGUGUCUACAAACUUUGUUUGUAUUGUUCGCGGUCAAUGUAGCGUAUUUAUGUUGGUAGCGUAAGUUUCUGUGUUUUAUAACUUUGUUUUUCAUUAUUGUUUAUGAUGCCCCUGCAUGAGUUAUACCACAUGUCUAAAGAAAAAGUUGAUCAUAAAGAGAUGAACAAUUCUUGUGCCCCAGAUCAAUCUUCUGUACCCAGAAACGAUUUGUUUGAGCUGGUUUGGCAAAAUGACCAGAUUUUAGUGCAUGGUCAAUCUAGUAAUUCCAAUAGAGCUAAAAUGACUCCAACUUUACCAUCUCAUACUCUUAAGGGGCAUGAUAAAUAUUCAGGACAACAUGCUAAUGAAACAAAUACAAGGAUAGGAAAGUUUGAGGAUUUAGAUAAUGGUUUGAAUGAAAUUAUUACAAGGUCUGUUUCUUCAAGUCAAGAUGAAGAUUUGAUGACGAUGAUGCCUUGGUUGAAUUGUGCAAUGGAUGAUGAACACUCUUUACAUUAUAGUUCUUGUUUCGUACAUGAACCUGGUGCCAGAACAAAUGACUUUGCUGCCACAAAUAAAUUUUCUUUGCUUGAUAGAAAAAGUAAUUGUAUUCAAGUAUUUAGUGACUCUCAUAAACAAGGGAUCCUUUCCAAGGGUUCUUCACUUGCAGUUGAAGAUUUUGAUACCUCUGAACUAAAAACUAGCACCAAUCAGUUAAAUAUGUCAUCGUUGUUGCAACAAUGUCAACCCUCAUUCGAAUCAAUUAGAUUUAGAGAAUCAGGUUUAAGUGAGAAUAAUACAAAAGGUAAUGCAAACCAGCAUGCACCUUGUGAAGAAAUCUCUCAUGUUCCAUCUUCCUCAACCGUAAUGAAUUUCACCCAUUUUGCAAAACCUGCGGCUAUUGUGAAAGCUAAUCUUCAAAACAUUGGUUUCUCUUCAUCAAGAUCAGAACGUGUGGGAGCAAAGAACAAAGAUGCAGCUGCAAUAGGAAGGAAUCCUUGCGAAUCAUCAAAAGUUGAUUUAAGUGUAGAAUGUCCAAAGAGUUCAGCCAUACAUUGUCAUCAGUCAGUGGAGCCAUCCAGGGUUGGUUUGAAACCUUUGGAGCCGAAAUCUCUUGAGAAAAACACUACUGUUUCUACUUCUGCUUGCAAAGAAGAUGUAUCCAAAGUUGAUCAAACUUCCAAUCAAGUUCUUAGUGAGAGUAGCAGAAAAGGUCAAGAAGUUUUUAAAAAAUGUACGGAGCUAACAGUAGCCUCUUCCUCUGUUUGCUCUGACAAUGGCGUGCAUAGAAGUUCAGAUGAUGCUAAUCAAAAUUUGAAGCGAAAAAAUCUGGACUCUGAGGAUUCUGAGUGGCACAGUGAAGAUUUUGAGGAUGAAUCAAUCGGUGUUAAAAGAACUGAUCAUGGACGAGGUGUUACGGGCUCGAAGAAAAAUCGUUCAACCGAAGUGCACAAUCUAUCUGAAAGGAGACGAAGAGACAGGAUCAAUGAGAGGAUGCGUGCAUUGCAAGAACUCAUACCGAAUUGCAACAAGGCGGAUAAAGCUUCAAUGCUGGAUGAGGCAAUUGAGUAUCUUAAAUCACUUCAACUCCAACUGCAAAUCAUGUCAAUGGGAGGUGGUGGUUUAUACAUGCCUAUGACGUUACCAGCAGGAAUGCAGCACAUGCAUGCGGCUCACAUGUUUCCCUUUUCACCCAUGAGUGUUGCCAUGCAAAUGGGAUUGGGGGUGCCUCAAUUUCAAGGAACUCACCUUCCUGUUGCACAUACAUCUGGACUUGCUGCUUUACAUGGGAUGGUAAGACCAAAUCCUCAAAUGUUUGGGCUUCAAGCUGGUCAGGGACUGCACAUGCCAAUGCCAAGUGCUUCAAUGUUUUCUUAUCCCGGAGAGCCUGUUAUGAACUCAUCAGCUGUAGAAUUAAAUGCUAGUGGAACAGCAGGACUAAUGGAAACCGUGGAAUCGGCUUCAGCCUCUAAGUUAAAGGAUCAAAUGCCUAAGUUAAAGGAUCCAAUGCCAAAUGUGAACUCACAAGUUAUGCUAAACAACAAGGGAUGUAGCUCAACAAAUCAAAUGUCGAUCCAGUGUGAAGCAACAACCGGUGGGCUUGAACAAUCAAAUGUGGUACUCGAUAGCGCCCAUGCUUUGCUGGAAAAUGACAAAAGAGACAACAUUGAGAUUGAGAUUGAUAAAUCUCAUGAGUAAGCAUCAGUAGAUGCAUGCAUGCAUGUUAUGACUUAUUGCGGCUAAAUUAAAAGAAUACAGUCUUUCAGAAAUGAGUCGAAAUUCUCUUGAUCUCAUCUCUGCAAGUUCAGUCUAGACUCUACAGUACAAGAGGAUACUUAAAAGUCAUUGAGGUUGGGAUUCCAAUUGUUGACUUGCCAAAUUGCACAGGUUUUGGCAUCUUUGGAGUGGAUACUUAUCUGUACAUUCAUUCACUUAGUGACUAUAAUCAAAUUAAUACCAUAAAAAGAUAUUAUAUCCAUGUUUCCUGCCAACAUGUAUUCAGAUUCUUUGGAAGUGAUUCACAUCACUGCACAACCCUUUGCAUGCAAACAAAAUUAACAGAAAAUAACACAGUAUAGAAACCAGCAAGUAUGCUAAUGCUAUGCAUCGCAACGGUGAGAAAGAAAGCAUGUUACUAAAUCACGGGAACUUGUUAAGUCUAUCAUAUUACUCAUUACUUGAUUUUAAUAUCGUCUGUCUUUCGCUUGUGAUAUAAUGUAAUUUGUUUGCUUUUGUGUUGCCUUCAUUGAGGUUUCCUUAGGAAGGUCCUUUGAUUUUUUUGUUGAAUCACUUUCCUCUUCAUGCUGAGCUGUAUCAAUUAACUAACUAGUAGUAGCUUGGAAUACAAGCAAUCUAAGUAACCAUGAUUUAGUUUGAUGUUGAGCUGUAUCAUUCUCUUCAUGCUGUAAUAAGAAGGUUUAUCAUCUCUUACACUCUCAGCCUUCACAUCGCCCACUUCAUUUGCA